CACAUAAAACACAACCGGAUGUUACGACUCUUCCUCGGUGCGUUCGUUUUAAAAACCAACGUCGAGCUGCUGUGGAUUCAUUUUAAGAUUCUUGACAGCUCGUUUAAAACCGCUCGUUUGCUUUACGCCGAGAAACAAAACAAGCGCACUCUCUGCUCACGUCCGUUGCUCUUGUUAAAAGUGUAAAGGACAUGUAAAAGGUCCAUGCAUGCUCUAUCCUGGAAACAGCAGUUUCUUGCCGCAUUGAAGACCGUAGACUGACACGACUUAUGUCUGUAUGUUAGCCAGGAUGUUUAAUAGGAGUAAUAACGUUAGAUAUUUACUGAGCCUUGUGCCGGGUAAACAACGUCUUGGGACGUACAGGUUUCUUCCCAUCUUCUUUUGCAUCGGAGGCGUCAUGGAGUGGAUCAUGAUCAACGUGAGGAUAGGAAGAGAGACUUUCUAUGAUGUCUACCGAAGAAAACGAUCUGAACGGGAGUACAAGCAGAAGAUAGCAGAUGGUUUGAUAGUUCUUGAAGAGCCUGCAGCCAAGUGAACGAAGGUCGAAUUUUAAUGUGGACUUCACAUGUGUCCUCUAAGGACACAUUCUUGGACUCACGCUCCCUUACUUGUAUCCAACAGGCUGGAAUGGACUUCAUAGUAUGUUACAACAACUGUAUCACAGUUACGAAGGAGUAAAGAGUGAAAAGUUGAUGGAGAAACAUGCAAGUUUAUUGUUAAUAUGAUCUUUAGUUCAAAAAAAUCAAAUGAAACAAUGAAAUAACAAUGGUCUCAUAUUGAUUUGACAACAAGUCUAUUUUGAUGUGUUGUGUUUCAAACAUUGCAUAGCACCUGCCAAGACAAACCAGUCUCAACCAAAUUGUAACAAAAGAGAAAAUACAAGAAAUAAUCUUGGAUGAUUUUGCACAGAUGUGUUCAUUACUGGUAGAUCAAAUUUGAUAAGAAACA